AGUAAGAUGUUUUUGAGGAACAGAAACCGAUAAUUUCAUCGGAGAAAUUUGCGGAAGCGUGACGCGACAGCAAUGCGUUUUUUCAUCAUGACUGGUUGCCAAGAGCGGCCGUCACCGUCGCCAUUCUCCUAUUGUCGCUGUAGCUGUUUCAACGUUUGUGAUACUUCUUUGCCGGUCGUAAAUGAGCCAAUCGUCUUAUCUUACUCCCUACAGCAGAAUGUCCGUAAUCACCGGUGACAGUGCGGUUCACGCCCAAUCCGCUAAUUCCCAAAUCUUGUCGUCGGAUACCGAACCUAACGAGAAAUCUCCCGUACAACACUCACUAAGCAGUUGCGCCGAAGCAAAAUCCCCCAAGAAAACAAGUGUGCACUCAUCACCCGCCACUACCGUAGAUAGUGCGUCCAAUAGUGAUCCCAACAGUCCUACGCCGAAGCGUCGGAGAAGACUGGUUAAGAGCCUGAAAAAUAUCUGUGUAGGGAAGAGGUCAACCUCUACUUUAGGAAUGGCAGCGGCCAGCGCACCCUCUCUUGUAAAUCCCAAAAUUCUUAGCCUGUCCCAGUCCGAUUCCGAGCCUGAGGGCCUGCCGCUGCGACCCGUCGAUGCUCGGAUACACGUGGAUACGCCCGCCGUUAGCAGCGAGAGCGAACUGGAGAGCGAAAGCGAGAACCAGGAAACCUGCUCGUCAGCCGUCAGCACUAUAACCUCACGUUCCUACGUCCAAGAUCCCAGCGGCCAACUCAAAGAAGUCUCGGCGGUAAACUUUGACAGCGAUACCUUGCACGAACGACACCAUUAUUCCGACGACGAUUCCGGCGUCCCCGCAUCUCUCCUGCGAAUCCAGGAUCCACCGUGCCCAAUGUCUCCAUGCGUAUCGAACGCAGAUGCCCACUCCAUCUCCGGAGAUAGUCAGAGCACCAUCUGUGACGCCACAAUGCGGGCCAAACUGCACCGAAAACAGAAAUGCAAAGCUGCGGAUGGUAGCCGCAAGAGCAAGCGUUUCACAAAGUUCUUCCGCGAGCUACGAGAUAAUUUGGGCCGAUUGCCAACACCACAGGAGAGUCAGUCGUCGGUGUCAAUGCGUGGGUCGGAUGGCGAAGAACGGUUGGCGCAGCCGUCGGGCAUCAGUAUGUACGAUAUGCUGGAGUUUGUUGGAAGGACGUUGAAACUGGUGAAGUCGUGGAUCAACGAAGUCCCGUUGUGCUGUCGGCAGCGGUUAUGUCGCUGUGACGCAUUCAUUUCGUUCUUUUGCGCCGAAUUCUACAAACAAACCGAAAUCCUCGUCAGCGAAGAGCUAUUCGCUUUCAUCUUCUGGCACGUCCUAGAGCACAACGGUUCCCCCAAAGAAUACGACCUGGAAUUUCUCAAAACGAUUUUUGACCACGCUCGUACCGAGCCUUGGGCUGAAUCCUGGCGGCGGUGUCCUCUCUCUAAUGUAUUCGAUCACCUGUCCCAUUUCCUGAAGUGCCAGAACGAGCGGACAAGUGCUACCCCUGAUUCUCCUGGAAAACUGAGUCAGGCGACCAGUGCUGUCGUCAUGGCGCCGACCACCGGCUCUCACCCAACUUUGGCGCCGAAAAUUGGGUCGGUACCGGUUGCCGAGGUCACACGACAACGUAAGGCAAGUGCAGCGAGUAGUGUUGGAUCGGUUAAGAAAGCGGCAGCACCGGUGACACCGGUGGCGAGCGGAUCCAGCAUCCCGGACAAAUCGCAAAUUAAGAAAUCCGACGUGAUUCUUGCUCCAUCGACCUCCCAUACCCUGAAAACCCCGGUGGUCGCCAGUGGCUCCACUUCCAAGAAAUCUGUAGUGGAGCUGGUGAAAUCCAGCGACAACAACCGCGCUAUGUCCCUGGAAAGUCUGAGCGGUGCCCUGUCCAACACGCGGGUCGUCAAGUGUCCCAGCAAAUUGUCGACGGUGACGAACAGUGUGGAGAUCCCCAAGGGAUCGCAGUCGGAGAACACCGUUUGGAGGGAGGACGUCGACAAGCUUAACGCUUCGCUGGCGGUGAUGCCGUCUCGUUACCCCAAUCCUCAGACGUCGAAGAGUGCCGUCGCCAAGAACGGGUUGGAUGUGGAAGUGGAGAAUAAAUGCCGAGAUCGGCUGCAAAGCGCCUGUAGCGUCUUAUAUAAGACCGGUCGGCGGAAUCUGCUUCGAAUGGCGGAUUUUUCUCUAACCGAGUUCUUCAUGCAAUGUCCCAAUUUGACAUGCUGCCUGCUGACAACGAAAGGUCCCAUACUGGUGCAUGACGCAUUGUUCGGCAUGAAGCUGACCAACUGGAACAGCGUUAAGAAGACGGCAACCAAGUGGGCCGGUCGGUAUAUGGUGCUGGAUCUGCGCAAGGAACAGAUUCCCAUGAUGGGCUUAUGGACUGUCAUCGAAUUCGUCUACAACGGAUCGUUUACGGUCACCGCUGCCAACGUCUUCGAGUCGCAGAAAGCCGCGGAGUUCUUCGGCGCACCGGUCAUAACUGACGUUUGCUUGAGAUUACUGAACUGCUUAACCAGCUCUAAGAUGGUGUGUCACACUGUGGAAUCGCUGCGGCAGCAGCAGAAACAAAGCCAUCCACUGUGGACGCUGGCGCUGGGCAAACUGAUCGUCUGUUUCGACGAGUGCCGCAACGAUAAGAUCAUGGUCAAAUGGCCGCUGGAUCUUAUUGUGCCUAUCUUGGAACAACCAGAGCUUUGCACAAAGGACGAAGUGAACGUGUACAACUUUGCCGUUCGUUGGGUGGAAGCUGAUUUUCCACGCCGGAAAACAAUGGUCCCGCAGAUUAUGAACACCGUGCGAUUUGUCUCAAUGCCGGCAGAUACACUGCUUUUUAUCAGUUCGCACGCCAAGAUUCUGGACGGACAUCCUGAACUACGACAAGAAAUCGCAGAUCUCCAUUUGAAAGUACGCAUGGAAAGCAGCGGCUUUGAGAUACCCCCGGAAAUGGACUGGAGCAUUCCCCGUCGCACGCGCCGCGUCCCCACCGCCGCUAAGGGUUACAUACACAGCGGCCGGGAUAUUAACGUGCUUAUGCUGUAUUUCUGUCCGCGAGUUCCUCGCAGUAACUCUGAUUCUAAUGGCACUGCCGAUGAUCUCAUCCCCAUCCUGCGGCGCUACCUGAAGGUUGCCAUGAAGUUUGUCUUUAUUGAUGAAGAAGGUCACAUCAGCCGACAUUGGCUGUACUCCGGCCCGCCUAAACCCGAACUGCGCGAGAUUAUCAGGCUGCGGCAAAAGGAUCUUAAGAAACACCAAGUGUGGAAUCAAUCAGCGUCGGAUCUCAGUAGUGCCAGUGCGACAGGUGCAGAACCAGAAGUAGAAGUCAACGAUGAGAACGCCGAUAACGUCUCUACGAAGACCAAGCGCUCGACGGACUUCUCCAGCCGGCGGGACCCGCGCUGUCUAGAAGCCAUUCCCGGGACGGCCUUUGAGAAUAUCCUCAAAUACCUGACUGUCACCGAGCCGGAACUGCCGAUGGGCGGUAGAAAGGAAUCGGUAUUUGAUGCAACGUACGCCGGGAAACGGUUAGUGGACAGCUUGACGCUGCUGGAGCAAACUAGCCACGAUGCAACGGAGAUUAUAAAACAGCAAACGAUAAGAAAGGGAGAGCGCGACAGGCAGCCGGUAUGCAGUCCACUGACCAGCCCCAAAGAGACCACAGCCAUCCUAACAGCCGCCGCCGAGGAGUUGGUCCGCAGUACCAAAGCUGAUAAAGUUGAACUGAAGCUGGAGUUGGUCAAAGAUGCGGACAAAACGCCUUCAGACAAAGCGACGCCCUUGUCGCCCCCCGUUCCCACCAUGGUGGACGAUGCCUUUGCGGCACUGCAGGACGCUUCGGCCUCGUCGUCAUUCUUCACGGAUUGGGUUGUCCCCGACAAAGAAAAAGAGCAGGAGAAAGAGAAAUCAGAGGACAGGUCGGACGCUUCCGGUCCGAAAAAGUGGUACUUUGACUUGGCUGAGAAAAUGAGAUUGUUUGGUCGCGGUCGACCAUCUAGCGGUGACGCCACACAAAUCUACCAAACUGCGUCCUCCAUUUCCCUGCGUUCGCGGGACCUUGAUAGUCCAGGAUCGAGUAAAAAUCCCAGUCCGAACCGGACAGCGGCCGCGUCCGGCGAUGUGAUCAAGCACGAUCCACAUAAGCUCGCCUCUAAGCGAAUCGACGAGCUGGAGCUGACAAAAAUCAAGCUGCUGGUGAAAGAGCAAUCCGGUGAUAAAUAAUUGUGAUUUGGAUUUGGUUGGGUUGUGUGAUUGUAUGGUCACUGUCCGGUGAACGUACGCGGUUCAACGGGCAGGUUCUUUGUCCUACUCCAUGAGAUCAGUCUUGUCGGUUGCAAUCAAUCUUGAUAAUGCCGUUGAACUGGCAGUUAUGUGCAUACAUAUAUAAAAGGGUUACAUAAAGCCCAAGGACAUGA